GUGAAAUACAAAAACAUCUGCUACUGCGUCUACACAAAAAAACUGAGCUGGUUCGAACCCAGGGAUUUUUGUUUUGGCUUGGGACCCGACGUUCAUCUGGCGGAGAUUAAAUCCGCCGCGCUCAACACUUACCUGAUGCCGCAUCUCGUAGCGUUAUUCAGAACCCCUCGCUCGGUGUGGCUGGGCGCUUCAGAUAUCGUCACUUCCGGUGUAUGGCUGUGGAAUUCUACAGGCACGUCAGUCGAGAAUUUUACCCCGACCCAGUGGAAGGAAGGCCAUCCGGCGAUGAAAUUUACCGAGAGGUGCGUGAAGGACGAGGGAAAUGAAUUGAAAUCUUUUCGGUGGAACACGGCUCACUGCACCUCUGUGUUUGCGUAUAUGUGUCAGUCGCCAGAAGUGGGCAAAAAAUGA